UGGCGCCGAAAUAACCCUCCAAAAUUUCUAAAUUCCAAAUCUUCCCCGGAAAUUUAUUUAUUUAUUCUCAGAUGUCUCCCGCCAAUGAAGAAGAUACCAAUUCGAAAAGGCAAGUAACGUAAACAUUUGCACUUCUUCUGUGCUUUCAGAUUGAGGACGACUCCUUUGUUUUUGCAACAAUGGCUGUUUCUUCGGGUUCUGAAUCCAAAAACAAACUGGAAAGUGGCAAAGUGAGGAAGCGCGCUGAAUCUGCUGGAGUUCGCGUCGUGGGAGGCAGAAUCUAUGACCCCCAGAACGGGAAGACUUGUCACCAGUGCCGGCAAAAAACAAUCGAUUUUUCUGCUUCAUGCAAAAACCAGAAACAGGACAAACAAUGUCCCAUCAAGUUCUGUCACAAAUGCUUGUUGAACAGAUAUGGAGAAAAAGCAGAAGAUGUGGCACUUUUGGAUGACUGGAAAUGUCCCAAGUGCAGAGGCAUUUGUAAUUGCAGUUUUUGCAUGAAGAAAAGAGGACAUAGGCCUACUGGUGUACUGGCACACAGAGCCAAAGCUACUGGGUUUUCUUCUGUUUUAGAAAUGCUGCAAGUUAAGGGGCCUGAAAAUAUUGAUCAGGACAAGCUUGCUAGAGAAAUUGGCGCAUCACCAAAGAAGUUGAUUCCCACAAAGAAGGAGUCCGUGGCUACUUCUCCAAGGAAAGCAGGAAAAGAAAACUCUUUUGAUGAACAAAGUAAUUCAAGCUUAAAAAUGCGGAAUGUAACAUCAAUUUCAAAUGAAAAGAAAUCUCUGAAAUCCCAAAGAGAAGGAUUAAAAGAAAUCCCCAAUUCCAAGGGGGAUGAUGAUGCAGAUUUGGAGAAACCUAGCCCAAAGCGGGUUAAGGUUUCUAAGGAAACUCCUAGGAAAGAUGGGAAGAAAAAAGAAAAAAGACGUGGUGAUUUUGCAGAAAAGAAAAAUAAUUCGUUGAGCGGAGGUGGUGUUAAUGAUGUUGAGAUUCCUGGGGAAGUUAUCAAGGAAGAAAAAUCCAACCUCGUCAAGGAAGUUUCUGAUGGAAAGGCAAAGAAAAAAGGAGAUAAUGCGGAUGGUUCUAGGAAAGAUGUGAAGAAAAAAGAAAGCAUUGGAGAUUUUGCAGAAGAGAAAAAUUCAUGGAGCAGAGAUGUUGUUAAUGGCGUUAAGAUUUCAGGGGAAAUUUCUAAGGAAGAAAAACGCAAGCUUGUCAGGGAAGUUUCUAAUGGAAUGACAAAUAUGAAGGGAGAUAAUGCGGAUGGUUCUAGGAACAAACGGAAGAAAAAAGAAAAAGGCAGAGGCGAUUUUGCAGAAAAGGAAAAUGAUUCAUCGAGUAAAACUUUUGCCAAUGAUGUUAAGGUUUCUGAGGAAAUCUCUAGGGAAGAAAAACCCAAGUUUGUCAAGGAAAGUGAUUCGAAGACACGGGUUUUGAAGAAUAAUUCCUUGAAUUCUUUUAAAGCAGAAGACAAAGAUGGUAUAAAAUUUUCCAAAAAAGAAGGCUUAAAUGGUGUAAAAAAUGAUAAUCUGGAAGCCAAGCUCAAGGGAGUGCCAAAAUUGAAGAAGCAUGCAGUUGAACUUAAGAACAAAGAAUUUGAUACUGACAUUCAACUGCCUCAGGGUGCAACCUCAGUGACAAUUGGGGGUGUUGAUGUACCUCCUGAAGAUGUUGGAGAUGCAUUACAAUUCUUAGAAUUUUGUGCAGCUUUUGGAGAGGUUCUUGGAAUGAGGAAAGGACAAGCUGAAUCUGUGAUUAGAGAGUUGAUUCGCGGAAGAUCUACUCACCGGCUACAAUAUUCCUCAAAUGUCCAAAUUCACAUUCAACUGUUGUCUUUGAUACAAAAGGACAAGGGAGAAAAGUUUCCAUCUUUGACACCAACUGCUGGAAAAAGAUCUUGGUUGCAAGCUCUUGGGCAAUGCAUAUCUGAAUCAGAGUUUCAAUUUAAAUACUUUUCAACAAAUUGCUUUAAUAAGGUUGUUGAUGGAUAUGAGAAGUUAGAUGCUUCGAAAAAGCUUAAACUUCUGAACUUCUUAUGUGAUGAGGUUCUUUGUACUACAGCCUUAAGGAAUUGGAUUGACGAUCAGAAUUCCAAGUUUGGUAAAAAAGAGAAAGAAGCAAAAGCCAAGGUCACUGCAGCAAGGGAUAAGGAGAAACAAUUGAAGCAGAAGUUGCUAGACGAAGUUGCCAAAGCUAUUAUUGCAAAGAAUGGUGCUCCUUUAACAAUUCCUGAGCAUGAAGCUAUUGUUUCACAAAUAAAAAGAGAAACAACUGAAGCUCAUGCAGAAAUGCUGGAGGCAAUGGGCCUGGUACCCAAAAAGCGGCAAAGGUCUGACGCUGUUAGAACAGAAGCUAUUCUCUUGGACACUAGUGGUCAUGCUUUCUGGAGAUUAAAAGGCUAUGAUGGUCAAUGGAACAUUUUGCUUCAAGAUGUUGGAACCUGUGAUGCACUUUCCCAGAACGAAAAGUGGUUCGCAUAUGAUGCUGAGCAGAAACAAGAAAUUGAGAAGUACAUAUCUUGUGUAAGAAAGAAAAUGCUUCAGGUCCAACAAGUUAUCGACACACCUCCAGUUUCAUGUGCAGAAGCAAGCUCGUAGGAUGUUUUAGUCGAUAUUCGGAAUCAUAGAGAUGAGUAGUGGUAAAAGUUGAGGCAAUGUAAAUUUAGGUACAACUUAUGCAGAGAUGAUGGUGAUUUUUAAUUACAUACCUGCAAAGUUCAAAACCAGAUAUAUAAUCUGAAAUGAACUCAAGAGGGUUAGUUUGAACAAGUAAACUUUGAUUGGGAUGUGUAAAUGGUGACCUUGCCUUUUUGGCUCAAGUGAGGAAUGCUUCACACUGUUUAAGUA